AUGGAUAUCACCGGCAUCGCCGACGUGCGUUUCCUGGACUACCGCGACAGCGGUAUGGACGGCACCGACGACAACCAGCACCCGCGGGCUUAUUGCAACUCAGACACCGCCAGUGUGCUGGGGACACUGGACAGCAUCCUUCGGGAAACCAAUCCCCACGUUGUGUUGACUCAUGACCCAACCGGCGGCUAUGGGCACCCCGACCACAAAACCAUGUCUGCGCACGCCACUGCUGCGGUUGCGCGCGUUUCCGACCCCGACGGCGCUACGCCGUUGCUGUACUACGUCUGUUUUCCCCGCGACGUUUUCCGGCGCUGGUGGCAGGAGAUGGCCGACCGCGACAUAACACCGCCGUUUGCCGCCGAAGCCAUCGACGAGCUGGGCACGCCCGACGACGACGUUACCACCACCGUUGACGUGAUGCCGUGGGUAAAAGUCAAGCUGGAUUCACUGGCCUGCCACCGCACCCAGCUGCACGACUCAGGGCCAUUCUCGCAGCUGCCCGAGGAUGUGGUGAAUAUGUUGAUGGGCACGGAAUUCUACCAGCUGGUUUCACCGACGGGCGCGGUGGAUUUGCUGGCCGCGCUGUAG